CGCCACGGCUCUUCACACCUUCGUCCACGUGCACCGGCUCUAGCACCGUGCGCCUUUCCGAUCUCCAAACCCCCAUUACCGAUAUCCUCGCUGUGCUGCCCGCCAUAAUCCACAAUUCGCGCGACUUUCACAUCACAUCGUACUUGUCAGAGCGGCAAUCACAAUAUUCGAAACCCCCAUGCAACCGAGCCAAUCGCCCACUGCCACAACAUAAAGACUCGGGCUUUCCAGCAGCCAUCGUUAGAUGUCAUGGCACUACGAUAUACUGAAGAAGAGCUUGUAUUUUUGCGCCAAUCCCCCUUAUGUGUGAAGCCAAACGCCCUUCCUCCCGCCGAGGAAUGGAUGGGGGCACCUCCAGAAGCGCCUCGCAACAACACCCAAAGCGGCAGGACAGACGGCAACCGGAACAGACACGAUGACGGCUCAAUGCUAGAUCAGGGCAAUCGCCGCGCCGGCGCAGACAGACAUCUGUCCCGCAACAGCACGAACCCUGAAGACAUUGGCCUUGGGCUACCUCGACCAGCGUUUUCGACCUCCACUUUCUCACGCACCUCUGCCACCGAUAAAUCCUUGACUAAAGACUCUGACGGCCGCUUCCCGUUCCGAUCUCGAGCUGGCGAGACUGAGUCAGCCGAUCGCAACCGUGGAGCCCGAGUUCGUGAAAGAGAUGGGAGGACAGAGUUUCGGCGUCGUGGUGAUGCCGAUCAGGACUCUGAUGGCUGGAGCACCGUGAAGCCGCGCAAGAGUUUUGGCACCGAGGGUGCCGAGCGAUUUCAUGGCCGAUUGGGUGAGCGAUCUGACCGCCUCGUCGGAGACCGGCGACCGCGUGAGCAAGAUGAGCGCGAAGGUGACAAGACUCGCCGCAACUUCGGCGAGUUUGGCAAAGACAAAGAUGCCGAGGAUUCCAGCCGACGCAACGGACUCGGGCGUACACGGGCAGACCAGAACUGGACGCGAGGCGAAGCAGGAAACCAAAGCGACAGCGCUCCUGCUCCGGCUCGCGAACGAUUCGACCGGGCAAAGAGCUGGAGAGAGCGGGCCACUGCUGACGAACAGCCCAAUGAUACUUACACUGACAAACCUCGCGAGCGGGGUCAUGAUCGGAGAUGGGAUCGUGACCAGCGCCAGGAGCGCGAGCCAGAAUGGCUUGACGAGCCUGCUGAGGACAAGGCCCAGGCGCACACUCAAGAGGACUUUCAAAAGUUCAUGGAAAGCAUGAAGGCUGCGCGUAGCGGAGCAAAGCCUGAGCCAGACUCGUCCGCGCCCAAGGGCGAACCUGCGUCUCGCUCCGGACCACACGACAGAGAUACAGCGCCAAGAGAGUCCUUGCCAGUCCUCGAAACUGGUCCUGAUCAGUUCUUUGCUGCUUACGGCCAAGGCUCGGCGCUUGAAGCCCUAACCCCCGAAGCUUCCAAAGAAAACAUGGCGCCUUCCAAGCACAAGGCGUCGAGAUUCCAGAACUUCUUCUCAACUCAAGAAGAGACUCGUCGUCAAGUCGAGGCGACACCUCCCCCUGCUCCUCGUCAAGCACCUCCGCCUGGAUUCAACCCACUCCUCGAACUGCUUAGCGCAGGACCGGCACCUACUGCGCCACGCCCUGCCAGCCAGGAUUUCGGAAGCCCGCCCCAGAACGAUGUUGCGGAAAAGGUUGCCUUCCAGGCUCUGCUCACCAAGCUCCAGAAGCAAUCGUUCUCCUCUCCACCACCGAAUGGCGGAUUCCCGGAGCCGCCUCCAAGCCAUGAGCUGGGCCUUCCCAAAGGCGCUCUGGGCCCGCCGGCUGCCUUCUCUCCGUAUGGACAAGAGCGUCGUGACGUUCCCAUGCACAGAGGCCCUCCUCAGAACCCAGAACUUCACGCACCUCGCCCCCAGCAACAUGCGCACAUGGCCGCAGGACGGCCAGAGCAGAUGCUCCAUGAAUUGCUGGGACAACGCCAAAACAGUCAUAGCCAAGGACUUCCGCGAAACGAGCAGCCGUCGAGCCGCAACAGCAACAGCAACACAGAAUUUCUCAUGACACUUAUGCAAGGCUCGGCUCGUGCAGGCAUGGACCACCCUCAGCACAACCAACCCCCUAUGCGCAUGCCUCAACCAUCCCGGGCCGCACAGAUUCCCCAGACUCCAGACCGGGAGCCUGACUAUCAACGCGAGCGCAGCGCCUCACAACACCAAGGCGGCCGCCCAGGCGGACUGCCUGCAUUCUUUGACGAGCCGCAUCUUCAGCAUCGUGAGCCAGAAAGCCGCGGGCCUCAGCAGCCCACUCAGAUCCUUCAGAGACAGGGUCCUCCCGGCCUUGACCAGAUGCAUCCGAGCGCAUGGAUGCAGCAAGGCGGUGCUGGCCAGCAGAUGCCGCCACCAGGGCGACCUAUGAUCCCGCCCCCAGGCCUUGGAAGUAACGCGCGCAACGGUCCGCCUGUACCCGGCAUGUUCCCCCCCAAUUUCCCCAUGGGCGCUUUUCCACCGCCGGAGGGCAUGCCUCCGGGGCCUCCUCGUAACAUGGCGCCUCCCCCGGGCUUUUUUGGCGGACCUCCACCACCAGGCUUCAUGGGCCCUCCUCCAGGGAUGGGUGGCUUCCAGGGCCCUGAAGGACUUGGAUUCGGCUUUGAUGGGCGCGGCAUGCCGCCCCCGACCGCCAAUGGACCUUUCAGGCGCAACUAAGCCACAGACGACGACGGUCAAAGGGAGCAACGCCUGGCUUUAGCGUUGACCUGCGGCAACUCAACGAAUAUCUUCUCGAGACACGCAGGGGUGGCGUGCAUCUGAUCAGACAGCCGUUGGUAAUGAACAGCGCGGCCAGUCAAGAAUAGGAUACUGUACCGUCUUCUCUGCCACAGUCUCAUCGUCGCAGCACACAAGAUCUCUAGCCUCUCAGUGAAGCAUGAUCACUAUUCUCCAACACUGCCUUUCCUACACAGGACCUGGCGGAGAUACUCUGGCUCGAGGCAAUCCCGAUGGAUUCUUUUGUGGAUCAAUCAUGUAAACCUCAGACUGGAGCAAGAGCCGACACAUAGAACGGGGAAUAAAAAUAAAAUGCAACGCGAAACGAAACUGGAGAACAAAGAAAAGUCCCACCGGGAAAAUUCAUGACCA